AACUGACUGACAUUGACAGUUGCAAAUCUAACCUAUCGUGUUUGUGAUAAGAAUUCAAGAGGAAUUUCUUUUUAAAUCAAUUAUUUUAUAAGUUUUCAAAUAUGAAGAAUGGACGAUAAUGCGAAGAACGCAUCUUCCUAUCAUUUGGAUCAAGAAGUACUGGACGCAAGAGGCAUUGGCAUGACAGUGGAGGAGGUAGCUGGCCUUCCCACCACUAAGUACUCGGAGCGAGUGCAGUCACUCCGCCUGUGUGAUGAGGACCUGGCCUUCCUGAAGGGACUGAGACGGAGGAUCAAGAAUCGGUUAGCCUCCCAAAACUCCCGCCGCCGCAGCAUGGAGCAACUGCGGCGGUUGACGCGCGAGCUUCGUGCGGUGCGCGCGUGUCGCGAUGACGCGCUGGUCGAACGCGCGACUCUAGCGCGGCAGAGGGACGAAGCUAGGGCGAGGUGUAAACGACUGAGGGAUCAUUUGAUACAGGUCCUCACCGACCGCCUAGACAACUCCAAAGUGCCAGAAAUCGACGUCGAAACAACAGAAUCUCAGCGCAAGCCCAAAGAAGAGAAAGACACAGCAUCGUGCCCUCUCACUCCCGCCUGCGACAUAGAAAUAGACAAAAACAUAUUCGAGUGUCGAAUAGACAAACUUGUCCAAAAAAGCGUCAACCACAUCUUCAACAAAAAUGAUAAAAAAAAGAUUUUCGCCAAAACUGUUUUUUUGACAGACGACAAAGAAAAAAAUUCAAAUUCCAAUGCGCCGUUGAAUUUCAAAAUACAAAAUUCGAAUUCGAAAUUGCAGUCGAACGUCACUUUUCAUAAUUCGAACGUCAAGUCUGUGGUCUUCGAAGGUUUGAACUGCUCGGUUGACACCACGGAGGUUUUGAACUUGUCGGUUAAGGAGGGUAGACGGAAAAGUCAUGGGAGGAAGCAGUCGGCGCCUAGACGGAUCACUUAUGUGGAAUACGAGGUUGGCCCAGAUGUGGUUCUCGACUUAAAAAUCAAAAAGGAACCGCAGUGACGUCACCGCGUGCACACCACACAGACCAAAAAUGUAACUAUAUAAUGCGCAAAGAAACAUAGAUCUUAAGUCGUUCGAAUAACGUCCAUUAUUGACCGUGUCUUGUUGAAAGUUGAGAGUUUUAUAAUCUGUCUAUACGCGUCUCGCUCGCACUUCAUUUGUUAGACAAAGACGUGCGUAUGACCAAUAUAUUGUGAAGUUUUGCUCCGUGAAAUACCUAUAUUAUUUAGAAUUCUAUUUUUUAGAAAUUGGUUUUAAAAAGAACCAUUUAUUAAACUAUGCUUAAAAUUAACAUUUGCGGAGUCAAGACAUUGUACUUAUUUGUAUAUUGUAUAAUAUUGUGUGUCCUUUUUAUGUGUGAUAGUGACAAUAAGUGUCAUGGCUUAGAUGGAUGGAAGGUUUAGAUCAGGGGUGGCCAACCGGUCGAUCGCGAGUAUUAGUCCAGUCGAUCGUAGCAAGGCAAAAAAUACUAGGUACAUGAUU